AUGGCGCCACCAAGACGCAAAACUCCGAGCGCUAGUGAUCGACUCGCGCGCAAUCACGCUGUCCGACACCGCACACCACACAGCACCCCGCCUGAACACACGCAUGAGUCAGCGCGUCCCCAUGCUGGGCCAGGAUGUGUCAACAUCUCUGGCGUGGAGAUAUCUGUGACUGUCCUCGCCAGACCCCAAAGCCACGUUCACGUGCACCCGCUCAUAAAUGGCGUGGUCCAUGGGGUGGGCGAAGGCGGAGUGUGG